AUGGGAGGAAAACAAUCCAAGAAGAAGAAAAACAUUGAAUACGGUUCACCAACAACACCUGUAAAGAUCAAGAUCAACUCAGCUUACACAGAACACUUGACCUCUUACGAACUAGCUUGCUCCGAAGACCCAAAGCUCGAGUCUUUUGACUCAUCUCUUCACCAACGAACUAACCGAGUCAUCAACAAGCUCGCAGCAUCAUCAGGCGUUGAGAUAAAAUCUCUCUCCUUCGAUUCCCUUAGAGAGGUUACACAAUGUCUUCUUGAUAUGAACCAAGACGUGGUCAAAGUUAUAUUACAGGACAAAGAAGAUAUAUGGAGCAACCAAGACUUGUUCUCUCUUGUGAACAUGUAUUUCGACAGCACUGCGAAGACUAUGGAGUUCUGCUCUGAGCUCCAGAGUUGUCUCAACAGGGCGAGGAGAAGUCAAGUGAUUAUCCAGUUUGCUGUUAAUCACUUUGAGGAAGAGGAGGAUGGUAAUAGUAAGUAUGAGAAGACUCUUGGGGAGCUUAAGAGGUUGACAUUAGCUGGUGACCCGUUUUCUAAAGAGUUCUUUGCUCUUUUCGAUUCGGUGCGUAACCAUCAAGUUAUGAUGCGUGAGGAGCUUCAUAAGCUAAAGAGGAGGCUUGAUAAGAAGCUUAAGAACAUCAAAACAUGGAGAAGAGUUUCCAACAUGGUGUUUGUGACUGCGUUUAUCUCUGUGCUUAUCUUCUCGGUGGUUGCAGCCUCUGUGGCUGCACCGCCUGUAGUGGCGGCUCUAGCCGGUGCGUUGGCUGUUCCUGUGGGGUCUGUUGGGAAGUGGUGUAACUCGCUUUGGACAAAGUAUGAGAAAGUUGUUAGAGGGCAGAAGGAGAUCAUUACAUCAAUUAGAAUCGGGACUUAUGUAUCGGUUAAGGAGAUGGAUAAUAUAAGUGUUCUUGUGCGGAGAGUGGAAGUGGAGAUUGGGGCUUUGUUGAGGAAUGCUGAGUUUGCUGUUAGUGAGGAGAAGGAGGUGAGGAUUGCAAUAGAUGAGAUCAAGGAGAAGCUUGAUGUGUUUACUGAAACGGUUGAGGAACUUGGGAAACAUGCGAAUAAGUAUUGUAGUGAUGUGACAAAGGCGAGAACUGUGAUUCUGCAGAGGAUAAUUAGAUACCCUACUGGUUCAACGACUGAAGAAGCUACUUGAAACGUUUUCGUGAGAAGUCGGAUUCGGACUCGUGGAUGGCUUUGAAGAUUGUUGGUUUGUUUUGUUUAGCACAUGUAUUAUGAACAGCUAAUUAUAAGAUAUAAAAUAAAAAAACUAGAUUUUGACCCGCGCUUGAAAACGCG